UUUUAAAUGUGCAAUAAGAGACAAGAACCAUAAGGCCUACUGCCUACGCGAAAUCAGAUCACAAGAAAAAAGGGGCUUCCCGCUACGUUUUCUGCCGCUUGGUUGCAGAAAUUUGAGAAGACCCGUGAAAAAAACUCGAGUGGUUUCUCGAUUCUCACAACCAAAAACGCUAUCCCCAAUUCUUUCCAUAUUGGACAAGAGCUCCGAUUCAAAAAUUCAGUUUCUAUAUGUGGAAUACCAAUUCUAAUUGGGCGCUGCCCCUGCUUGGAUUCAGCUAUAACUACAACUCCGUACUUCUUACAGCAACUUCAAUGGCGUCAAUUUCAAAAUUCGCUUUCAAAGAUUGCAGAUUACAGAGAAACGAUGCUAUCUGUAGGCGAAGCUACUCUGCCUCUGCUAUGAAGCCUCAAGCUCAUCUGGACGUAAAGGGCAAGCUCUGUUUAUCUGAUAAUGGGAGAAGUUUAGUAGCCCAGUUCAUGCUGCUUAGGCCGGUCCUUUCUUCUGCUUCUCCUUGUGCAGUAGGUCAAACUUCAAGGAAACUUCAAAUGUUAUGCAAAGCUGCAAAUGAUGCAUCUGGAAAUGUCCCUGGUAAUUCUCCCAGUGGAACGAGCCUGUACGAAAGAACUAUUGAAACUUUAACAACACUUUUUCCUCUUUGGGUUAUCCUUGGAACUGUUAUUGGUAUCUAUCGACCCGCUGCAGUAACUUGGUUGGAGACUGAUCUUUUUACCGUGGCAUUGGGUUUUCUUAUGCUUUCGAUGGGAUUGACAUUGACGUUCGAGGAUUUCAGACGUUGUUUAAGAAAUCCAUGGACUGUUGGUGUGGGAUUUCUUGCCCAGUACUUAAUUAAACCCAUGUUAGGCUUUACCAUCUCCAUGACUCUCAAACUGUCUGCACCUCUUGCAACUGGUCUUAUAUUGGUCUCAUGCUGCCCUGGGGGACAGGCAUCAAAUGUUGCUACUUAUAUAUCUAAAGGAAAUGUUGCACUUUCGGUUCUCAUGACGACGUGUUCGACCAUUGGUGCUAUCGUCAUGACACCGCUGCUUACCAAGCUUCUUGCUGGUCAACUUGUUCCAGUUGAUGCUGCUGGUCUUGCUAUCAGCACUUUUCAGGUGGUUUUGGUUCCAACUGUUAUUGGAGUUUUAGCCAAUGAAUUCUUCCCCAAAUUCACUGCAAAGAUAAUCACAGUGACACCUUUAAUUGGAGUUAUCCUUACUACUCUCCUCUGUGCCAGCCCUAUUGGGCAAGUUGCAGAAGUUUUGAAAGCUCAAGGAGCCCAACUGUUGUUGCCAGUUGCCAUUCUCCAUGGUGCUGCAUUUGCUCUCGGUUACUGGAUUUCAAAAAUAUCAUUCGGGGAAUCCACCUCCCGCACAAUUUCGAUAGAAUGCGGGAUGCAGAGCUCUGCACUUGGGUUUUUACUCGCUCAAAAGCAUUUCACGAAUCCCCUCGUCGCGGUCCCAUCCGCAGUUAGUGUCGUUUGCAUGGCUCUUGGUGGCAGUGCUCUUGCUGUCUUCUGGAGGAACAGGCCGAUUCCCAUCAAUGACAAAGACGAUUUCCAAGAAUAAAAUAGAAAGAAGAAAAAAAGAGGAUGUUGUACGAGUUCUAGAUCCUUGCUAGUUUAGGUUGAUUCUAUUGUAUUUAGUUAGUGCAAUGAAUAAACAAGGUUGCCCUUGCUAUUCAUAUUUCCAUUUUACUCUGCAAAUAUUUUCAGUUGGAUCUUGGUCUUGCAUUUUUACUUUAUUUGAUUAAAUAUAUAAAAGGGACCAGUUUGCCAA